UGUCCAGUGUCCAGUUAUUUCCAGUAACUUCUUGAAUCCUUACUUCUUGAGUGAUCUCAAAUCUCAAGUCUUGUUCAGUUUUAUUCUUUAUCAUUUUUAGUCUUGCCAGAUAAGAAAUUGUGUUUCCAAUGUCGGUUGAUACAUUCGAAAACGAACAGGAAAAGAUGGACGAGAAUAUGAUAUCACAAGGAGGAACACAAGCUGAUUUUAUUCGCGAGGAAUUAAAUUUUAACAUUGAUGCUGAAGAUCCUGUAACAAAAGCUUCUUUAAAUGAUCAUUCUGUAGGUGAUUGUAUAGAUAUAUUUGGUAAUGGUCAGUUGAAAAAGACAGUUAUAAAAAAAGGUGAAAAUGGAACGCGACCAAACAGAGGUGAUAUAUGUACAUUAAACAUUACUGGUAAACUUGAGGACAGUAAAAUAGUGGAAGAAUAUGAAAAUCUUGUGAUACAGUUGGGAGACUUAGAAGUGAUACAGGGAUUAGACUUAGCAAUUGCAUUGAUGGAUAUAGGUGAAGUUGCCGAGAUUGUAAUUGAUCCUAGAUUUGCUUAUGGCAAGCAAGGAAAAAAACCUAUACCACCUGAUGCCACUAUUAUAUACACAGUUGAACUGAAAGCAGCAGAGCUAGAGCCUGAGAUAGAAAAAUUAAGCAUUAGCCAAAGAAGAGAAACAAGUAAUAAGAAACGUGAGCGUGGAAAUUGGUGGUUUGUUCGGGACGAGUUGCCUUUUGCAUUACAAUGUUAUCGGAAAGCAUUGGAAUAUUUGUCAUCGACAAAAAGUGGUACGAAUCAAAAUGAGGAAGAAGAGUCAUUUAGUGAUACUGAAUUGCAAAUUUUACUAGAGGAUCGCAUAAAAGUGCACAAUAAUUUAGCAGCUGCAUUAAUUAAAACAGAAGCCUAUGAUUCAGCUUUAGAAAAUGUGGAACAUGUUUUGAGGUGUCAACCACAAAAUGUGAAAGCAUUAUUUAGGAAAGGAACAAUAUUGAGACUCAAAGGUGAAUAUGCAAAAGCUUAUGCAAUCUUCACUGAAAUGCAAAAAUUAAAUCCAGACAUGAAGAUAUGUAAUACAGAAUUAAUGACCUUAAAAGAUAAAAUCGCGAAAGAUGCAAAAAAAGAAAAGUACUUAUACCGUAAAAUGUUAGGUGUAACUGAAGAUAUCAAAAAUUUGUCAAAGGAUGUGAAAGCGGACGAUAAAAGUAAAAAGAAGUUUGCUAAGGGAGUUUUAUGGACGUUGGCUGGAGCAGCAUCUGCUGUUGUAAUCAGCGUAUUUAUACAUAGGAAACAGAGUCUGUAUGGGAUUUAAGUAUGUAGUAUCAUAACUUUCCAGUUUCCAAAUUUUUUUUUUUUUGGAAGAAAAACCGACCAAAAUUAUGGAUAAUAUGUGAUGAAAAUUAAUAAAGACAAAUUAUAGGUAAUAUGUAAUGAAAAAUGUUAAACUUUUUGUUUAUUUAAGGAAAUAGAAUAAUGCUUGAUCUGUAAUUAUAUGUAUUCUUUAUUUUUAAAUAUUUAUAACUAUA